AUGUCGUCUAAAAUUGAGAGAAUCUUUACAGGACCUGCUUUAAAAAUAUCAAAUUUUUUAGAUAAAUUCCCUAAAAUUCAUAAUGUAUAUUUCAUUGCUUGUAUUUCAACUAUAGCGGGAUUGAUGUUUGGUUUUGAUAUCUCAUCAAUGUCAGCAUUCAUAGGUUCAAGACCAUAUCUCGAAUAUUUCAAUCAUCCAGGAGCUGAUAUGCAAGGUUUUAUCACCUCAUCAAUGAGUUUAGGAUCAUUUUUUGGAGCUUUAUCGUCAAGUUUUGUUUCUGAACCUUUUGGAAGAAGAUUAUCUUUAAUUAUUUGUUCUUUGCUUUGGAUUAUUGGUGCUGCUAUUCAAUCUUCAGCUCAAAAUAGAGCUCAAUUGAUAAUUGGUAGAAUUAUAUCUGGUUUUGGUGUUGGAUUUGGUUCAUCAGUUGCUCCAAUAUACGGAGCAGAGAUAUCUCCAAGAAGACGAAGAGGAACAGUUAAUGGAUUUUUUCAAUUUGCAGUUACAUUAGGUAUCAUGAUUAUGUUUUACAUAGGUUUUGGAGUUGGUCAAAUCAAUGGAGUUGCAUCUUUUAGAAUUGGUUGGGGUAUCCAAAUUGUACCAGGAUUAUUAUUAUUCUUUGGAUGUUUCUUUAUCCCUGAAUCACCAAGGUGGUUAGCAAAACAAGGUAGAUGGGAACAAGCUGAGACCGUAGUAGCAAAUGUCCAAGCUCAUGGAAAUCAUGAAGAUGCUGAUGUUAAAGUCGAAAUUGCAGAGAUUAAAGAACAAUUAUUGAUUGAUGAAGCGGCCAAGUCAAUUGGUUAUGCUACUUUAUUUAGAAAAAGAUAUAUUGUGAGAACUUUUACAGCCAUGUCAUCUCAAGUAUGGCAACAAUUAACUGGUAUGAAUGUUAUGAUGUAUUAUAUUGUUUACAUUUUCCAAAUGGCAGGUUAUUCAGGAAAUGCCAAUUUAGUUGCUUCAUCAAUUCAAUACGUUUUAAAUGUUGUAUGUACUGUUCCAGCAUUAUUAUUAUUUGAUAAAGUUGGUAGAAGACCAUUAUUGAUUGGAGGUGCUUUAAUGAUGAUGUGUUGGCAAUUUGGUUUAGCCGGAAUAUUAGGUGCACGUUCUGUGCCUUGGCCAGAGUCAGACAAUGAAUCAGUAAAUAUUAGAAUUCCUGAAAGUGAUAAGCCAGCUUCAAACGGUGCUAUUGCUUGUUGUUACUUAUUUGUUUGUUCAUUUGCUUCAACUUGGGGUGUUGGUAUUUGGGUUUAUUGUUCAGAAAUUUGGGGAGAUAGUAGAAUUUCUCAGAGAGGAAAUGCUUUAUCAACAUCAGCAAAUUGGAUUUUGAAUUUUGCUAUUGCAAUGUAUACACCUGCAGGUUUUAAAAAUAUAAGCUGGAGAACAUAUAUUAUUUACGGAGUUUUCUGUUUCUGCAUGGCUAUACAUGUAUUCUUUGGUUUCCCAGAAACUCGUGGUAAACGUUUAGAAGAAAUUGGACAAAUGUGGGAAGAGAAAGUACCAGCUUGGAGAUCAGCUUCAUGGCAACCAAGUAUACCUAUUGUAUCUGAAACUGAGAUGAUUAAAAAAAUGAAUGUUGAACAUAAAGAGCAUGGUGGUUUAAUGGAUGAUGAUUCAUAUUCUGAUGAAAGAAUGAAAGGUGUUGAAACUAAUUCUGUUUAG